AUGAACGCUGAAUCCCCAAACCGUUCCGCCAAACUUCCAACGAACCCCAGUAACCCUCCAGCGAGCCCCGACGAACCAUCAGUGAAACCCGAGAACCUUCCAACGAAUCCUAGCGAAGCCCCAACGAACCUGAAGGAGUCUCGAACCCCGUCUCGCAUUCCGAACCAGCUACGGACUCUCUUCUCCCGGGUUGGCCGCGGAUCCUCUCGCGCAUGUCAGGUCAGGCAGGGAAAUGUGAGGCAGACGGAGACGCAAAAACAACGUUACUGGGGAACGAGAGAGAAAGUGAUCCUCUCGCUGGAACUCUUGGCGGACAGUCCUUCCAUGCACACAAAUAACCCUGCCUCACACACGGACAAUCUGUUUUCACACCCAAACAAUCCUCCUUCACACGCAAACCACCCUUCCUCUGACACAAACCCUCCCUCUCACGCAAACAGCCAUUUUUCAGGCACAAACAACCCUUUCUCUUACACAAAUCCUCCCUCUCACGCAAAUAGCUUUUCCUCUGACACAAACCGCCCUUCCUCACACGCAAACAAUCAUUUCCAACACCUUAGCAACCCUCGUUUCAGUGACCCUUCCUCACGCUCUACACCGAAGGAGUUCGACGAUGAUUCUCGAGAAUCCCCAGUGGAUUCCCAUUCCGAAGAAAAGUUUGAGCCGCGAGACCGAGAAUCCACUUCAGGACGCAGACCCCAUGGCUCAUACACUCCCUCGAAUGAACAUAAAGGGACGAUUCAAGAUAGCCGGAAUGGAAAUGGCGCCGGGGACACGAUGCGCCUAACCUACGACUCUCUUUCACCUUCAAAUCACGAUCACCGGGCCUAUAGAUUCCACACAGAGAGUGACGUAACAGGUCUACCUCCUCAUGGAAAAGCGGCAACUGAUAAUCACUUUCCCUAUGAUUUACAGUUAGGGUAUAACAUGUACACAAUUAACACAGGUGGUGGCCCUCCAACCGAUGCACGUGUCUUGGUGUCGCACUCAGAGCUUCAAUCCUCCGUGAAGCCUAACACUCGUGACGUUGAAAAUAAUCACGAAUACCGAGCGAAUGAAAGAGCACAGAUUCCCGCAGAUCUUAUAGGAUAUAAAACCCAAGUUCUCACUGGAGACCAAGGAAGGUAUGAAACGCAAGGAGACAAUAAUCAAAAGGUAUCUGGUGUCCAAGGAAAAUACCAGCUAGGGGAGAUCACCGGACCCAACCAACCAAUGUAUGGUUAUCGUUGGGUUUCAGAUGAUCGCACGGAAGUCAAUGAUGGGGAGGCAUAUUACGUAUCCAUUGCAGAGCAGGGUGCGAGGGAGCAAGCUGAGCCAGAUCCUGUGAUUGCACAGCGAAACAGACGCCAAAGAAAUCACGAGACAUUAUACCCUUUCCUCAUUCUCCAUCACGGGCAAGAGCUCUAG